UUCGUGUUAUAAUUUGUUUCAAAUGGAAUUAUUUAUAUAUGCGGUUGGAAUAUUCUUGUCUAUUUGGAUCUUAUAUCUUUGGUAUAUCAGAGAAUAUAUAAAACUAGCCCAUACAGUAAACUCGAAUAGACUACAUACAUGGCUGGGUAUUGGCAAAUUCUUAACAAGAAAAGAGGGUCUUUUAUACUUUUAUAACUAUGCUAAUAAAUAUGGUCCAAACUGUGUACUAUGGUUGGGAAUAUGGCCGUUGUUUCUCAGCACUGAUCCAAAUGUCUUAAAGGAUAUUUUAACAUCUAAAAACUGUAUUAAUAAACCAAUCAUAUAUAAAGGAAUAACUACAAUAGCCGGUGAUGGUUUAAUAUCACAAAAUGAUCCAGAUUGGAGUAGACAUCGUAAAGUUUUGAAUAAGGCCUUUUCAAAUACAACUUUAAAAUCAUUUUUCAACCUUUUUCACAAAGAGAUUAAUAAUUUAAUAGAGCAUAUCGAUAGAAGUCAAAACAAGGGAGAUGAUGUUAAUAUGAUGGAAAUGUUUCGUGCAUUUACCAUGAGAAUUGCUUCCAAAACAACACUGAAAAGAAAUUUGGAAAAGACGGAAUUUAAUUCAUUUAAAUUGGCCGAACAUGCUAACGCAUUUUUAGAGUUUGUAGCAGAUACAUGUGUUAGUCAUAUUAUGGCGAUUAAAUGGAUAAAUAAACCGGCCGAGAAUUAUAUUUAUAAGACUGCAAGAGAUGGUUUAGCGAUGUUUCGAAAACUUAUCAAAGAAUCAGUUGAUAUUAUCCAGAAAAAUGAUACAAAAGAUCCCAGUUAUUUGACUGAUGUAAAUAGUGUUUUAGAUUAUGCUUUUAUGGGUGUUCAACAGAAUACUUUACAUAUGAAUGAAAUUGAAAGCCAAAUGAUGCAUAUGUUUUUUGGAGCCUUUGAAUCAACAUCUACUACAAUGUAUUUGGUAAUUACAUUGCUGGCGAUGCAUCCACAUUAUCAGGAACGUGCUUAUGAGGAAGUGGCAAGUCUAUUACCCGAUAAUGACAACGAAAUUACCUUAGAAUUGAUGGAGCAAGCGACUUAUGUAGAUAUGAUUUUCAAGGAGACAAUGCGACUAUUUCCCGCGAUACCAAUGGUGUUUCGAAAAGUUACUAAGGAGGAUCUCAUCCUUAGUAAUGGCGUGAAGUUACCGAUUGGUCAAAUGAUUUGUAUUGACCUGUAUACUUUGCACCGAAGUAAACAUCUGUAUGGUCCCAAUGCCAACGCUUUUAAUCCUGACAACUUUUUACCUUCAAAUGUUGCUGACAGGCAUCCGUUUGCAUAUAUGCCGUUUACCAAGGGACAAAGAUUUUGUAUUGGUAUGAGAUAUGCUGAAAUAUUUUUUAAGAUUUCAUUGGCAAAACUUAUAAAAACGUACAAAUUUACAACUGAUUUUAAGUAUGAAGAUAUAGCCUGUGAGAAUCAUAUGUCUUUGAAAAUAAUAAAAGAGCCGCAUGUUUAUCUGGAGAAGCGAGUAUAGUAAUAAUAUUUUACAGAACUACAAAGGUCUUCAAUUGGGUUUUCAACAUUUCACACACUCACCAAUGCAAAUAUUUCAAAUCAAAUACUUGAUCGAAUCAGAAAAACAUCGAUAGGUUAAUUUAUAUUCUUAAAAUUCAAAAUUUGUGACGUGAUUACCGAAAUAAACGCGAUUGGUAAUUUGUAUAAAUAAAACAACUUCAGUACGGCUUGAUA